CAGACGGGGGAGGGGGCGCGGCGCGCAGCUGGCGGGGUGACCCUCCCGCCCCGGCGCCCGCAGACCCUGUGGCGGCGGAGGGGACGCGGAGCUGAGCCGAGCCCAACUCAGCCCGGCAGCUGAAGCGAGAGUCGGGCAGGCAGGCAGGCGGCAGGUGUCCCCCGUUGCGUGCGGCCGCCAUGGAGGCGUGCGAGAGCGGCGGGGAGCAGCCGCCGCCGCCGCUGCUCCACUGGGACCGCAAGCUGAGCGAGCUGUGCGAGCCCGCCGACCCCGACACGCUGCUGUGCCACACGCAUUUCACGGAGUUCCUGGAUGAGUUUUCACCAGAUGUCCUAGGCCAGCUCUUGAAUGAUCCCUUCUUGUCUGAGAAGAAUGAAACAAUGGAGGUAGAACUGUCUCCGGCAUCCCCAGCGCCCCUUAUCCAGGCAGAACACAGCUACUCCCUCUGCGGGGACUCUAGGCCCCAGUCUCCCUUGACACACAUCUCAACCGAUGACAACUUCAACGAAGGUGACCUGGAAAAUGAGGAAUGGUGUCUGGGUACAGAGCUGACUCCAGCAGCAAUAAAGACUGAGCCAGCGUUGUGUGAAACAUCAGGCCUUGCUCCCUCAGUCAGUCUCACUGUCACAGCCACGUCGCUGGAGGGGGAACCAUCUGAGCUACAGACAGAUGCCCUGAUGAAACCACUGAGCCAGAAAGUUCUUCCAGAGAUUAAGUUGGAGCCCCAUGAAGUGGAUCAGUUCCUGAACCUUUCUUCUAAGGAAGUAGUGGAUCCCCUGCACCUGCCUCCAACCCCUCCCAGCAGCCAUGGCAGUGACUCUGAAGGAGGGCAGAGCCCAGCAAGAUCACUCCCUCCCUCAAGUCCAAUCCAACUACAAGCCACAGCUAAAACAACAUCACGCACAGCUUCAGCGCUCUCCAACUCCCCUCUCCUGACUGCACCACAUAAAUUGCAGGGGACUGGCCCACUCAUCCUGACAGAGGAAGAGAAGAGGACACUGAUAGCAGAGGGGUACCCAAUCCCUACCAAACUGCCUCUGACUAAAGCAGAGGAGAAAGUGCUGAAGAAAAUCCGCAGGAAAAUAAAGAACAAGAUCUCUGCCCAGGAAAGUAGACGAAAAAAGAAAGAAUACAUGGACAGUCUGGAGAAAAAAGUUGAGACCUGUUCAAAUGAAAAUAGUAAGCUGCGUAAGAAGGUUGAAGUCCUGGAGAAUACUAACAGAACACUUCUGCAGCAGUUGCAGAGACUCCAAGCCAUGGUUGCUGGGAAAGUGUCACGUUCGUGUAAGGCAGCUAGCACACAGACAGGGACCUGUCUUAUGAUGGUGGUGCUGUGCUUUGCAGUAGUUUUUGGCAGCUUCUCUCAGAGCUAUGGGCCAUAUCCUUCUGCUACAAAGAUGGUGUUGCCCAGGCAGCAUUCCUCACCAGAGUCCUACACAGAUUCUAUUGUGAGGUCAAGGAGUCUGUUAAUUUAUGAAGAGCCUCACCAAUUGGAGGAGUCAUCAAGCCCAAUCUCCUUUGCUGAUCGCAGUGACAGGCAAGCAGACACCUCCAAGUACGCAGCGCUGUCCCUGGAAGCAAUGCCGGGGACACAGCAGGAUGAUAUCAUGCAGUUCACAAUAGCCAACGAAACGAGGCUAGAGAAGUCGGUGCUGCUGGGCCUGCAGCAGCACAGGGCACCCAUGGUUUGCCAUCUCUGAGGGCAUCCAAAUGAACUGUUGUAGCUUCUGCAAAAGAGACCCCAAGCUGUUGAGCACAACACUGCUCUUGUUGGUCUUGCAGUUUGUGCUAUGCAUAAGCAGGAGGCCGCUCUGCCGGAGCCCAUGCCCAUUCCCAGUUAAAUGGAUCACCUCCAAUUGCAAAUACAGCUGGCUGCACUGUAUUAAAACCAACAUUGGAUUAUUUCUCAGUACUACAGAGAUGGACAAUUUUGCAAAACCCAAACAAUAUCCCAACCCCACACAUCCCUGUCUCCAAAACCUGCUGUACUAGUCACCGUUAAAGCUGUUUGCUUGAUUUGGUUGUGCUAGUUCAAAUCAGAUUGGAAGAUAGCCAUGUUUUCAUCUGAAGCAUUUGAAAUUGGCCACAGUCUGAGUCAGGCUGUUGAACUAAUUCAUCCAAACCAGGAUGGCCAUACAAAUUUUCUUGUAACUGUUUGAUAAACUACUUAUGUUACCUUAAUUUGUGUAAUCCUUUGAAUUAUUUUUAGGUACUCUUUGGGGGGGGAUCUCUUGACCUAGUACACACAUUGCCUGGGGAUUUAUUGUUAUUAAAUAUUACUUCUUUAUAAUAAGGAAAACCUUUGCUUUACUUUGGUGUGUUUGUGAUCGUUUUUCUUCAACCUUAAUCGAACAGGUUUCUCUGCUAGAUACUAGAGGCCAAUGAGACUCCUCUCAUCACCUACUCACAGGCUGUUAUGUGACAAGGACCUCGCGAUCUCCAGAGGUCAUUUAUGCCCAUCUUACAUACCUAGCAGGGGGACAGAAAAGGCAGGACACAUGCAAUUGCACUGCUAGCCCCAGCGGUCCAGAGGUGGUCCACGUUGAUGCACUGCAGACCUCAUGGAGAGGCAGCUGUACGUGCUCUCUGUUAAGGGCAUAGAGAAGAAAGGGUUCCUAAGGUGUAUUCAGGAAGGAUGCCAGUAUAAGCGCUUUUAAUUAGCUGGGCUAUAUUACUUGAGGUCUUAGCCUUCUGCCAGAGUACUUGUUCCAGUGGUCAUUGACUUGGUGCUGUAGAAUAAUGUGUAGGUAUGGGCAGGCUAGGCAAAGGCCUUGCAUGCUACCUAAUUUCCACUUCCACUAGAGGACUUAAGUGAUCCUAAGAGUCUUCAGCUGGAACAUUACGCUGCUUGUCAGCAUGAUUUUAUACACACAAGAAGACUUACCUUUUGGCCCGUGCUUUAAAGCAUAACUAGGUAUGUCGGGUCUUUGCUUCUAGGGAGAUAAGCUACGAAGGAAUGUAGGGCAUUAUUUUAUAUAUAUAUACACACAUAUAUAUAUUUAAAAAGUAUCAAGCACGGGGCAUGUGACAGUUCUAACCUUGUUGCCAGUGUGUAGAUAAUGUUGGUGGGGUUUUUUUUUUCCACAGGCUAUUUAUAGUUCUUUGCUGCAUUUCUCUUAUUUCCUCUGUACCAUUCAAUAUUUUUCAGCAGCACAGACUAAUAAUGGAUUAGUCUGAGGUUCUUAGGCCAGAUCCCAGCUGAUGCAACGCAGCAGGCUUCUCACUGCUUUUGGAGGCUGCAGCUCAGAUUUAUACUGGCAGGGGAUCUCCUCCAUAUCUCUCUAUGUAACAAAGUAUCUCAAUAUAUUCUUGAUUUUUCCAAUGUGGAGCUGAAAAUGAAUAUAAAAACUUUUCUUCUUUGUUUUUUUUUUUUUUUUCCUGCUAAGAUAAACCAACCCACCUUUCCACUCCCAUCCCCCCAAAGGAUCAGUGGUGAAUUCUGUCUAGACUCAUUUAGAAUGUAGGUCAAGUAAAUGAAUGAUACUAAUUGCUACAUUGGGAGGGAUUUCCACUGAGUAUUUGGGCUCUAGAUUCUUGCUAAUGCCAAGAGGCCAUUGUACAAACCCCACGUAACUAAGAACAGAGGUAUAUGGAGUAUUUUUAUACUCUUGGUGACUAAAAUAUUUCUUUCGCAAGUCACUAAUUAGAAAGGGAACAUUUUAUGUUCUGAAGGUGAAAUGGUAGGUCAGUACUUUGUAACUACAAAAGUUACCCUAGCCUAUACAAGUAGUGUAAUGCUAUGAUGUGUUCCUGCUUUGCACUGUAGUGUCAAGGAUAAACAACUUUGGGGGUAGUAAAGACGAAUUAAUUGGGUUAUGUGUUUAGGUCUUUAUGGAUAAGAUAUAUGGGUUCAGUUAGUAGGCCAGGAUAUUGUAGCUUUCUCGUGGCCAAUAAAAUGACUGGGCACUUUGGGGCUAUGUUGAGGGUGUGAUCUCAGUUACUGCUGUGUUACUUCAGUGAUCAGUAUCCAUUGGAGACUCCAGGGUUUGAGAGGGAAAUAGCCAUUUGUUUUGGUGGUUUUCAUGUCAGGCCUUUUUCUGCUUUACUGAGGUAUAUACCUGAAUUGACUUCCUACUUAAAAAAGAGUGGAUCUUGCAGGAAACUCUCAUUUGUGAUGCUGAAAUGGAGUUUCGAUAUCCUUUAUUACCAGCAAUCUCUUCUCUGUCCUAAAGCCCAUCCAUCUCCAUGUUUUUCCUCUAAGAGUGGAACUGACUACGUGAGAACAAACGUGGGAAACCUGAAUUUGUAGACUUGUCUUACAGAAAAGAUGAAAGAAAUGGCCUUACAUCACAAGGAGCAUUCCUAGUUCUUGAUUCCAUAAAUCAGCAAGGAUAUCCUUUUUCAUUUUUACCCCCUUGUUUUAGCUUUAGCCUUCCCCUUGCUCUUUAGUACUAUGCAGUCCUGUUUGUGCAUAUCUGACCUUUAUCGUAUAUGCCAUUUUUCCCUUCCAACCAGCAAGUAACAAUCUUUUUGAACUUUAGCAGCCUAUAAUUAAGGGAGUGGAAGGGAGAGAGGAGGAAGCAGCAGCAAGUCAUCAGCUUCUUUUAACAGGACUUUGCUCAUACCUGACUUUGCCAUAUCAGAUUUUAAUUCAAUGGUGCUGAUGUAACGGCAUCUCACUGUCUUCAUUUGUAUAGUUAGCAAGAACGAGUGAGAGCGUGUGUGUAUAUCUGUGCACAUCUGCAUGGUGAGCAAUUAAAAAAAAAGAAAAACAACACAGAGUUGUUUUUUUAAUGCAGUAAGCAUCACUAAAUAAAGGCAUCUACCUGAACACACACAGGACAUUCCACUUAUUACAAAACAAAGUCCGGGAGUUUCUCUCUGAAACCUCUUCACAUUCCACAUCACCAAGCCUUUGUAAAGCUGUAGUGUAAAUUGCUAUCUGAGGUCUGUCCUUUUAGCAAUUUUUGACUGAAAGUUGUUGCACUGUGUCAUUUUGUGUAUAUUGUCUGUUUUUUCUGUAGGACAGUUCUGGUUUGGUACAAAAAGAAAUUAAUUACUUUAGGCUUUGUUGUAUCUUUGGUUGUCACUUUUGUCCUGCAGAAUUAUGGCUUUGAAUAUAUAUAUUUUUAAAAAAAAAAAAAAACAAAGGUAUAAGUAAGCCUUAAAAAAUGGCUCCUUGGAGGUGACGGCUUAAGGAACACAGUUUGGUGAGCUGGUCUCCUUGGAGAAGACCUAAAGAUCCCCUGUGCCCUGGAAGUGCUACUGCCCUAACCGCCUCACCAGCUCAGUAAGGUGCCAGGGAGGGGAAGUGGUUUGCUCUCAGAGGGCCUCGCUUUGAUGUAAGUACAUCGCAGUUUCCCUGAGAUUCAUUGGGCCUCCCAAGGAUAAAUUACCUGGUGUUACCCUCUUGAAGAGAAAUACAUACCUAGGGCCAAAGCCAUUGCCUUGGGCUGUGCAAAACAAUUCUUGUGACUGUGUCACUCUGCGUGUGACACCUCUAAGGCAUUUCAGCUGAUUUUUCACUUUGUUCAGGUGGAUAUAGUAUGGGUUUGUGCAAACGGUUCAAAACUAAGAUGAAAAGGACAGUGAUACUACUGCAAAAGCACACCCCGUGAACUCCUUGGUAAACUGCGUUGGAGCCUCUUCUGACUGCGGAUGUCUGUUCUUUUGCCAUAACUCUAUUUAGCUCUGUGUAUCCGUCAUCUGGAUGUGGUCCCACCUGAUUGUUCACACUGCAGACAUACCCAUUGGGUGGAAAGAAGUCGCUGUUCUUCCUUUUUAGUCUGCUUGAUUCUACGAGAGAACAGACUACCUGCUUUUGUAGCCUAGACAUGUAUGUAGCAAAGUAUGUUAUGCUUUUCAUUUCUUGCAAAUAAAUAUUUUCUGUAGAAA